AUGACGGUUGAAUCAGGGCCCUUGAAUGAUGCCCAGGCACAAGACUGCGAGGAGACCAUGUCGGCGCCAUCCGAAACAAAGACCCGUGAAAAAUACCCCAAAGCCAAGAGAUCUCUCUGGCUUGACACAUGGCUUCUCGAGGGCAUUGCAUUGUCGUUUAGCAUCGCCUGUCUGGUCGCGAUCUUUGGCGUUCUUGUGGCGUACGACAACAAAAAGCGACCGCAGCUGGCUUAUAAGAUCACGCUGAAUACGAUUAUCUCUGUGCUGGCAACGGGAUGUAAAUCUUCUUUGGUUCUGGAUCCGAGGCAGAGACGAUUAUUUGGAAUGCAAUCGUUUGAUUCUGCGAGCAGAGGACCGCUGGGAUCGCUGAUGAUCGUCAUCAAUCAUGGUGCUCGCUCUUUUGUCUGUCUCGGUGCAGCCCUGAUUAUCCUCCUUUUGGCAUUUGAUCCGUUUAUACAGCAGGUCAUUAGCUAUCCUCUAGUAUCAGUACCGGAUCAUGAUAAUCUGAGUGGAGCUGCGGCACCCCAGGUAACUAAAUACAUCCCAGCACCGAAAAUUAUCGACUGGAAGAAUGCAAUCAUGCAAGGACUCUGGUCUAGCGAAGACAUGAGCUUCGAACCCAAAUGUUCGUCCGGCAACUGUACCUGGGAUCCAUUCCCAUCGAUCGGUAUAUGUAGCCAGUGUGCCGAUCUGACCUCUAUUGCUAAGCUCAGUUGUUCCUUGCCUGUUCCGGAUAAGAACUUUAAUGAAAGGUGCCAUAUUGAAUUGCCCCAUCCAUGGGUGGGGGAAGAUCCCUUACACGGAGAUACGAUUAUUCCUGGAACUUUUUCCAUAUCGAACAAACGGGGAUUUAUGUCUAUGCCGAACGUGGCCAUCUGGGAGCGGUUCUCAGUGCAGGAUCUCGACGAGAGCGAUGAGGCCUAUGAGAACUAUUCAGGUCUUCUCUCUAGUGAAGAUCCGGAUCACCCUAAUAGUACCUUUGCCGGUGUCAAAAAUCCGCUGGUAGCCUACGCGUACGCUGAGAUUGGAAUGAAGAAAGGCCAGCUCUCAGAGAACGCCCCGACCUCCGAUGAUGUGAUUUUCCAGAAAGUGACCGAGUGCAGCCUCUCGAGCCCAGACACUCUGAGACCCGGUGAGACGAUACCUUGCUGGCGACCAAAAGAUCCAUACACAACAGAUGCCCAGCCCGCCUUGAAUCUCACCUUCUGCGACUGGGAUAUGCAGAAGCUACAGAGCCAGAUGUCCGAUGUUCUGCCCGUUGUGAACGAGAUAAACUGGCAGUGGGAUAGCAUAGAAGGAUGGCGUACAGACGCAGACAUUACAGGUGUAGAGGGCGAGUCAGACUUUGAGCGCAACGGGAUCGAGCUCAAUGCCGAUCGCAUCGUGACAAUCGGGUUUGAAGAGGCCAUGAAGCGAAUUGCCGCUUCGCUGACGAGACUCGGCCUGAAGUCAACCAACGAGAGCGUUCGUGGGACCGUCAAGACCGACGAGAUCUUCGUCAGCGUACAGUGGCCAUGGCUCGCUUUCCCGGCUUCUUUGGUCCUCCUGGGUACCAUUUUCUUGGUCGUCACCAUUGUGCUGAGUCGAAAGAACCAUGUCCCGUUGUGGAAAUCGUCGACCCUGCCGUCCUUUUACCACGGACUGGAGAAGCUUGGGGACGAUGAGUAUUCGACUAGUAGUUUUAUGGAGAAGAGAGCGGCGUCGACAAAUGUUCGACUACAGUACUCGGAGCAACAUGGGCGACUGAUGCUAUUGCAAGAAGACGUGGGAAAUGUUCCAUCAUCACGACUUAGACCAUUGUAA